UAAGAAGCAAACCAGAGACCAUGAGGAUCAAAAGCUUUGGAUUUCUUUGUGUAUUGAUUCUGGUCUCCCAGAUGCUCCUAGCCCACUGUGAAAGACUGAAGGAAAGAAAAAAGGGAAGAAAAGGUAUAGAACACAGUGGGAAAAACCAGACUGAAUCUACCCAAGAAAAUGAAAAAGGGCGGAAGCCAAAAGGGGGAAGAGCAUCUCCUAAAGGCAAGUUUAAAUCCAAAGAAAAUGCUGAGUGCACUUGGGCAGUGAGUGACAUGGAUGCUGCUACUCUGCACGUAUCCUGUGAGCAUGGUGAGAGCAAGUUCUGGUGUCAAUUCUCUGGAGACCCCUCCACCUGUCCCCAGUAUGCAGCAAACCAGAAAUCCUACUGGAAACAAGUCUCCCGAUCCCUAAAGAAGCAAGAGCAUCUCUGCCAAGACCCCAAAAGUGUCCUCAAAUCUAAAGUGUGUAGGAAAGGUCCAAGGAGUGCUCACCUCAAGCUGACCCACUCAAGCUUUCUGUCACCCGUGGGUCCUGUGGAAGGGAACACAAUGCACCAUCCUGAAGAAGUUGUUCAGACUCCAGCAGCUGCCUCUGGGACUGAAAAGAAGGCAGAGCACAGACCCAGAGACUGUGUUGAGGACAUAGAUUAUAUUGAUCAGAAAAAGGUGGCUGAGGAAUACUGUCCAGAAAGCUUGCUUUCUUUAUGCAACUUUUUUAUCACAAUGGUGCAAGACAAAAAGUGUUGAGAAAGGGUUUUGAAAGUUCUGUGUCCUGAAAGUUUGGUCUCAGUCACUCCAGAUUUUAAUUCUCA